AUGCUUUCCCAUCACGUUCGCCCUCAGACCACGUCUGAGGGUGUGAGGGCAUUUCCUAUGAUGCUCUACGUGUUGGGGGCGAGCCCUCGACAGCUAUAUGGUCGUCGCGCAACCCGACGGCUCAUCAUUUGCGAUAAGCGCGAGUGGGUAGCACCGCCUACCCUCCUCCCCCUCUCCUGCGGUCCUGGCGAAUCGCCUUCGCGGCGGUUUUCCGCAUCGCGGGUGAGUGUCUCGCAUUUCGAGGUGACCACCUCGGUGCGCCGUGCACGCAACCGAUCGCAGCUGGCGUGCCGAGCUGUCGCAUGCCGCGCGUCAUGCACCCCUCGCUCAUCCCCGUCCUUCAACGGGAUGGGAUGGGGUGUUCGGGCUUCGUCCUCCCGCGCCCGUAUGCGCGCAUUGACAAUGCGUGGGACAGCUGAGGAGGCACAGUCGCACUGA